CAGUCACAAACAACAGACAAUAUAGAGUGAACGUAUUUGUGCUUGUUUUGUUCAAGUUUUUUUUUGGUUUCUGCUAAUCUGUGAACAGUUUUCGGGGAUUACCGCCGAGUCUCAUUGGUUAGAGAUCCGCAGUAGAACCUCGAGAGCCAUGGUUCACCUCCGACGCGGCGCGGGGUCCGUCCGUCUGCUGGCCGUGCUGGUCUACCUGGUCGAUAGGUCUUUAGCUGCUCUAGACGGCUACGCGCCGGGUGAAGACUACCCCAUCUACAGCGAGGUGCCCAAGGGUCUGUCGUUCACGUGCGACGACAAGUUGCCCGGCUACUACGCGGAUCCAGAGACGCAGUGUCAAGUGUGGCACUGGUGCGUCCCGGGCAUCGGCGGCAACAGCAUGUAUUCGUUCGUGUGCGGCCCGGGCACCGUGUUCAACCAGCGCACGCGCGUCUGCGACUGGUUCUUUAAGGUGGACUGUCCAAAUGCAGCUGCUUACUACAGCAUCAAUGAAGACCUUUACAAGGAUGACGCUGGCAACUACAUCGCUGGGAAAAAGUAGAAACACUAGAAUACAUUUAGACACCGUAGCGGCUAGACUUUAGCAUGUUUCCUGACUGAACCUGCACCUGUCUUGAAGUUUAUUCUGAUGUUUUGCAUGUUCACAAAUUGUAGUCUUAAAUUGGAUUGAAUUUGUGCAUAAAUUAUGUCGAUUCUGAAAGCAUAAAAUUUAAUUUUAGCAUAGUGAAAAGUAUCAUAAAACGCUUAGAAACUAAUAAAUUGAAUUUGUGCCUUCAUAAUCACCAUCAAUAUUAAACGAAAACGUAAAAUAUUUACACUGAUUUAUCUGUUCCGA